AUGAGGUGGCCCAAGAAGAAGAAUGGGAUUGAGCCAUUUAAUGAGAUUUCUAAUGCGAACGGGAAGAAGAAAGAUAUGACUGUGGAUCUAUCGAAAGAAGAUGACGGUUCGGUUGAUUCCGAUGAGGAGCCGAAGAUUGUGUACGAACCGUCUAGAGUGGAGAAGUUCAUCAAUUACAUGCUAUGUAGAGGUGACUUGGCAUCCAGAGAGCUUUCUGUGAAGCCAGUUACUCUAUUGGGAUUGUUUCGAUACGCCGAGAGAAAAGAAGUUGCGCUCCUUACUUUCGGUGUUUUUCUAUCCAUCCUAUCUGGUAUCGCUCAACCUGCUCUUGGAAUUAUUGCUGGCGGGAUCACAAACUCUCUUCUAGUUUACAACACUACCAGUGAUGAAUUCUAUGAUAGUGCAAUGGUCAAUGUAUGGAUGUUCGGAGGGAUUGGACUUAUCGUGCUUGUGGUGAAUUUUGUUCAGUACAUGUGCUUCCAAUAUUGUUGCAUUCGUAUAACCUCCAAAAUGAAGCAAGAGUACAUCCGAUCUAUCCUUCGUCAAAACGCUGGCUGGUUUGAUAAAAAUCAUUCUGGAACCCUGACUACGAAACUACAUGAUAAUAUGGAACGUAUCCAUGAAGGAAUCGGAGAUAAGCUGGGAGUCUUGAUCCGUGGAAUGGUGAUGUUUGUGACGGGAAUCAUAGUUUCCAUGUUCUAUGAGUGGCGCCUGGCACUCAUGAUGCUGGGAAUCGGACCUUUGUGCUGUGUCUGCAUGUCGUUGAUGUCAAGAUCCAUGUCAUCAUUCACAUCGAAAGAAUUAGCGGGAGUUGGAAAAGCAGGAAGUAUUGCGGAAGAGUCAUUAAUGGGAGUUAGAACUGUGCAAGCAUUCAAUGGACAAGAGGAGAUGGUUGAAAAAUACACUGCGGAGCUGGGAAAGGGAAAGUCAUAUGCCGUCCAGAAAGGAUUGUGGGGUGGAGUCUUUGGAGGUAUCUUCCUUCUAUUCCUCUUCACUUAUUUCGGCGGUGGAAUUUACUACGGUGGUCAACUUCUUCGUUGGAAAAUUAUCGAGAGCCCUGGUGAUGUUUUCAUUGUUGUGAUUUCCAUGCUCAUUGGUGCCUACUUCCUCGGUCUCAUUUCCCCACACUUGAUGGUUCUUUUGAACGCCAGAGUUGCCGCUGCAACGAUUUAUGAGAUUAUUGACAGGACUCCUGAUAUUGAUGCCUACUCGUCGGAAGGUCAGAAGAUCGCGAAAAUCGUGGGAAAAGUUGUGUUUGAGAAUGUACACUUCCGGUACCCAACUAGGAAGAAGGUUAAGGUUUUGAACGGAUUGAACCUUACUGUUGAACCUGGAACGUCGGUUGCACUGGUUGGACACUCUGGAUGUGGAAAGUCUACUUCCGUCGGAUUGUUGACAAGACUAUAUGAGCAAGAAAGUGGAAAGGUUAUGAUUGAUGGACAUGACGUCAGAGGACUGAAUAUUGACUGGCUGAGAAAAGUUGUUGGAAUUGUCCAGCAAGAGCCAAUUCUUUUCAAUGACACUAUUCACAAUAAUCUACUGAUUGGAAACCCGGAAGCCACUAGAGAUGACAUGGUUAGAGUAGCCAAAAUGGCAAAUGCUCAUGAUUUCAUUUUAAAAAUGCCAAAAGGCUACGACACAGUUAUUGGUGAUGGGGGAGUUCAACUAUCUGGUGGACAGAAACAACGUGUUGCUAUUGCGAGAACCCUUAUUCGUGAUCCAAAGGUGUUACUUCUGGAUGAGGCGACAUCAGCUUUGGAUGCUCAGAGUGAAAGUGUGGUACAAUCUGCUCUCAAUAAUGCUGCCAAGGGGAGAACUACUAUUAUGAUUGCUCACAGACUCUCAACUAUCCGUGAGGCAGACAAUAUUGUGUUUUUUGAGAACGGAGUCAUUGUGGAAAGUGGAAAUCACGAGGAAUUAGUUGCUCUUGGAGGUAGAUAUGCAAGUCUUGUAAAAGCUCAGCAGUUCAAGGAAACAGAUGAAAUCUUUGACGAUGAUGAAAUAGAAGACGACAUGACAAAGAUAAUAGACAAGCAAUCACUUCUAUCUUCGAGACAAGUAAGCUUCCAUCGAUCAUGUGAAUCAUUAGCUAGUGCCGACCAUGAAAUCGGAUACGCCAGUACAUUCAACACAUUCACGCUCAAAACUGCACAAGAUGCAAUAGAGAAUGAAGACUUUGCUGAGGAAGUUCAGCGAGUUAUGGAAGAAGACGGUGUUAUCACUUCUGGCUACAUGGACAUCUUCAAAAAUGCGCAAGGAAACUACUGGUACUUAUCAAUCGGAACGGUUUUUGCUAUUAUGAGAGGAUCUGAGUUAGCUCUUCUAGCUAUACUGUUCGGUUACGUGUUUGAAGCAUUUGAGAAACCAGAUGAUGAGAUGACAAGUGCUCUUGGUAUUGUAUUUAUCCUCUAUGGGGCACUAGGACUGUACGUGUUCAUUACACAGAUCAUUAGUGGUACCCUAUUCACAAUUGUCGCUGAAAACCUUGGCCUCAAGUUCCGCGUCCAAUCAUUUAAAAAUCUCCUCUAUCAAGACGCAUCUUUCUUUGAUAACCCUGCUCAUGCUCCUGGAAAACUGAUUACUAGACUUGCAACUGAUGCUCCAAAUGUGAAAGCUAUAGUAGACACCAGAAUGCUUCAAGUCAUUUAUUCCAUGACUUCCAUUACUAUCAACCUGAUUGUUGGUUUUACUUGCUGCUGGCAGAUUGCAAUUGUUGGCUCUAUUAUGAUAGCGUUGUUCGGUGCAAUGAUGACUAGUUUGGCAUAUAGAAUCGCUCGAGAGAACCUGAGGCAAAUCAAGAAAGAUGAAGCUGGCAAGAUUGCUAUCGAAAUAAUUGAAAAUGUGAAAACAAUCCAGCUGCUCACCAGCACUCAACGUUUCCUGGAUCAUUACAAAGAAUCCCAAUUGGUACAGCACACCAGUGAAAUGAAGAAGUCCUACGUCCAAUCUGUGAACAAUGCGGUUUCUCAAACUUUUAUGUACUUCGCAAUGUUUGUAUGCUAUGGGGUCGGAACUCCACUCAUGUAUCACAGCAUUGUUGAGCCAAAUGGCGCUUUUCGAGCAAUUAACUCAAUGAUGAUGGGAUCUGUCGCUGUCAUGCACUCUUCCCACAACUUCCCAGAGUUCGUCAAGGCAAAAACCGCAGCUGGUAUGCUCUUCAAAUUGAUCUACCGCAAACCAAAGACUGGAGAUCUCAUGGAAGGCAACCAGACAGAGAUCCGUGGGAAUGUUUUGUUCGAAGCAGUCAAGUUUUCUUAUCCACAAAGACCAAUGCACCCGGUGAUGACUGAUCUGCAUUUCUCUGCUCAUAGUGGACAGACAGUUGCAUUGGUGGGACCGUCGGGAACUGGAAAAAGUACUUGUAUUGCAAUGUUGGAACGGUUUUAUGAUGUUUCUGGUGGUGCUUUGAGAAUUGAUGGACAAGAUAUCAGAAGUCUUUCUCUUCAUCAUCUCAGAACACAAAUGGCUUUAGUCGGGCAGGAACCAAGAUUGUUUGCAGGAACUAUUAAAGAUAAUGUCUGCUUUGGAUUGAAGGAUGUGCCAAUUGAAAAAGUGAACCAAGCUUUAGAACUAGCGAACGCUACUCGAUUCUUGUCUAAUCUUCCAUCUGGAAUUGAAACUGAAGUUGGAGAGAAAGGAUCUCAAUUAUCUGGUGGUCAGAAACAAAGAAUCGCCAUUGCGAGAGCUUUAGUCAGAGAUCCAAAAAUUUUGCUACUUGAUGAAGCCACGUCUGCUUUGGAUUCUGAAUCUGAAAGGGCAGUACAAGAAGCAUUGGAUCGUGCUCGUGAAGGACGUACCUGCAUCACAAUUGCUCAUCGUCUGUCUUCUAUUCAAAACUCGGACCUCAUCGUUUACAUUGACCAAGGAAAAGUUCAGGAAGCUGGAAAUCAUGCUCAUCUAAUGUCACUCAGAGGAAAAUACUAUGACUUGAUCAAAAAGCAAGAUUUGACAUCAUGA